AUGGCUUUGCCAUGGAAGCAUGGCCUGGUCCACUCGACGCAGGUCUUCGUGCGAUUGCUGCUCAGCCUGGCUGUCUCCCAUGCCAUAGCGCGUGAAGUUUGCGAUGACAUCUCGAUGCUGCAGCAGUCGAUGUACAAGCCAUCAGAUGCGCCUUUGGCCUUGAUGGCUACAGCCACGGAGGCACCAACGACGACGACCGAAGCUCCCGUCUUAACUCCUCCUCCUCCACCCAAAGCGACGAGAGUCAACGUUGUCGGUGUGACCGGCAUCAUCGCCUCGUUCGACGCAGAAACCAAGGACGGCACGAUCAACAAGGUGACAGAGAUUUGCAAAGCCCGGGGGUUCAUUGAGAGUGGCGAAUGCAAGACGUGCAACCAGAACUGGCCUUCAGCAACGAUGUGUUCUUUUUAUUGGUGA